AUGUCAAAUGCGACGAAACCCCCGGGAGAUUUUUCUUCCACUUCCAGUUCCACACCAUCCCCACUACGGGAAGUCACGCUUCUCUGCUGUCUGCUGUUUGUGCUGCUGGACAUGCUACAGGGACACCGCAACUAUGCAUUUGGACACCUGCAGAGCGGGGCGCAAAUGUUGAAGUGCCCAAGGCCCAGACACAGCUCCUUAGCUGGGCUUCGGGACCGCCAUCGUAGUCGGUCGACCAAUGACCCAUUGUGCGCAUCGACUAUUGGGGGAAUCGCACCGCUUCUUCGCCUUGGCAGUAUUUUCGAGGCAAAACAGGAACUGGCCGUUAUCAGGAGUGCCGUGUUUCGGUUCCAGUCGUACGCGUGGGCUCGUCGGAUGCGGACAUUAUUGCGGAUUGUUGGAAAACAGGAUGCCUAUGGCACCUUCCGAUAUCCUAGUCCCGCAGUGAUCUGA